UACGAUGAGUAAGUUGAGAACCAAGAUAGAGAUGUCUAACCUUCAUCAUGAACUCAAGCUCAACAUAUUUUCUAGACUCCCUGUGAGAGUUUUAUGCAUCUGCAAGUGUGUAUGCAAAGAGUGGUUGAACACUAUCUCUAAUCCUCAUUUCUUAAGGUUACACCUGGAGAGAUCAAUGAGCAAUCGUCAGUUGCUCUUACUUAAUCAAACUUCACAUGAUGAUGAUGACGACAGGCCUAGGCAGCAAAUCGUUAGCUUCUUCUCAGCAAGCUUGGAGGGAGACCUCCAAUUUCGAACUAUGGGCUUUGUUGGUGGUUAUAUUCACCUGAUACCCUCCGGCCAUGGCCUGAUAUGUCUUGUCAAUAAAGGGAAUUUCUACAUUUUCAAUCCCGCCAUGAAAAAGGCUAUAAAACUUCCCAAGCCAAAGCGUUCAACCUGCAAGGGAAUCGAUGGAGGAUUUGGCUAUAUACCAUCCACAAAUGAAUACAAGCUUGUUCAUUUGUAUGAUGAAAAUGAAAAUGAAUUUGCAUACUCAAUCAAAUGUGAGAUUUUCACUGUGUCAGACGGCAACAGAAGCUCUUCAUGGAAACAAAUCGAGGCACAAUGCCCUUUCAUCGUUCGCGGUUGGGGAGUAAUGGCAAACAACAAGUUCUACUGGAUGGUAUGGGAGGGAUGUCACCCUGAACUGAAAGAACUAAUCGUCUCACUCGAUUUGAAAACAGAAACAUUUGCCUUUGUUCCUCAUCCCCAUGUGAAUUCACAUGUUGAAGGCAAUGACAUGUUUUUGGCUGAAGUGCAAGGGCGGUUGUGUUUGAUGGACACUUUUGCACAUCCUCCAGUCACUCAUAUAUGGAUUUUGAAGGAUCCAAUGAAGAAGAUAUGGGAGAAACAUUGCACUAUUGAUUUAACAAAACUGGAAGGAUUUUACAAUGAGCCGAUACAAAUCUUUGUGCUGGGGCAGCAAAAUGAUGAAAUUGUGAUUAGAAUUCAGCAAGAGUUGAAUUUCUUCAACAUCCGAAGUAAAGUGCUUAGAAGAAGUACUGCAAAUCUGAGUUUGCAAAGGGAAACUGGGCUAUGUCUAUACACAGAUACCUUUUUCUCAUUGGGGAGGUAGUUCAAGAUGGGGAUACUUUUGCAGCUAUUGUGUCCGAAAAAUGUAGUGUGUCCUAUUUAAUGUGUCCAAGUUGGGUUAUGUUCGUGUCUAUGUCUGUGUUUGUGGUUGGUGACCUGGCAAAAAUAACAAUGUCGUCUUUGUAUAUUGUCAAGUGCUAUUGGGCCUCCACAAAUGUUGUAUUUAAGUUUAAAAUCUCCUUUUUUUAAUUUCAUAUUGUCAUGUUUACAAUUCAACCCAUUAACUUUGGACAACUUUUAAAAAUCUUUCUCUUUAGACAAAUAAAUGUUUCUUCAAUAUUAU